AUGAGAUGGGUUGACUCAGUGACUGUGACAAUGGGACUAGGUGUGUCAGAGACAGUCAUUUUGGCUCAAGAGAAGCAACAGCUGCAGAUGUCCAGGAAGCUCGGGCCGACCAGCCAGAUGAGUUGGAAUUGGGGACCCCCAGGCCAGAUGCUGAUCCGGGCUGUCUGGGUCCUCACAGCCACCACCAAGGGGCUAGCUGCGAAUCCACCAUGCAGGAAUACCAGCCUCGGAUGGGUCCAGGGGAAGCAGGUCACUGUGCUUGGAAGCCCCAUGCUUGUGGACGUGUUCCUUGGGAUCCCCUUUGCUUCACCCCCUCUAGGACCCCUGCGAUUUGCACCUCCAACGCCAGCAUUGCCCUGGAAAAACUUACGAAAUGCCACCUCCUAUCCUAACUUGUGCCUCCAAAGCCCGGAAUGGCUGAAGACAGAUGAGAGCUUGCUGAAGGUGCAUUAUCCCAAACUCACAGUUUCGGAAGAUUGCCUGUACCUCAACAUCUACGCUCCAGCUGACGCUUUUUUGGGCUCCAGUCUCCCAGUCAUGGUGUGGUUCCCUGGCGGAGCUUUCGAGACGGGCUCAGCCUCCAUCUUCGACGGAUCUGCCUUGGCAGCUUAUGAAGAUGUGUUAGUUGUGACCACCCAGUACCGCCUGGGACUGCUGGGCUUCUUCAACACAGGGGACCAGAGCGCUCCGGGGAACUGGGCCUUGAUGGACCAGGUGGCUGCCCUGACAUGGGUCCAGGAGAACAUCGAGUUCUUUGGCGGGAACCCCGACUCUGUGACCAUCUUUGGCGAGUCAGCAGGAGCAAUAAGUGUUUCCAACCUUGUUCUGGCCCCCAUUGCCAGGGGCUUAUUCCACAAAGCCAUCAUGGAGAGCGGAGUGGCCAUUAUCCCUUACAUGAAAGCCUCUGACAGUGAGAGAAACCAGGAUCUGCAGUUCAUUGCAGGUAUCUGUGAUUGCAACGAGUCAGACUCCGAGGCCCUGCUGCAGUGCCUGCGGGCGAAAUCCUCUAAGGAGUUGCUGAGCCUCAGUCAGAAGACCAAGUCUUUCACUCAAGUGGUUGAUGGUUUUUUCUUUCCGGACAAUCCUACAGACAUAUUGAUUCAAAAACAAUUUUAUCCAAUUCCUUCCAUCAUUGGAGUCAAUAACCAUGAAUGUGGCUACCUGCUGCCCAUGAAAGAGAUUCCCGAGAUCUUUGGGAUAUCCAACAAAUCCAUCAUUUUCCACCUGCUGCACACAAUCCUGCGCAUCCCCAGACAGUACAUGCCUUUCCUGGUCGAUGAAUACUUCAGGGGCAAGAACUCCAUGGCUGAAAUCCGAAAUAGUUUUCUGGACUUGCUCAGUGAUGUGUUCUUUGUGAUUCCUUCCCUGAUCACAGCUCAGUAUCACAGAGAUGCUGGAGCUCCUGUCUACUUCUAUGAGUUUCAGCACCGACCUGCGUGCUUUAACAACACAAAGCCAUCUUUCGUCAAAGCCGACCACACAGACGAGAUUCGCUUUGUCUUCGGAGGCGCCUUCCUGAAAGGCGACGUGAUCAUGUUUGAAGGAGCCACUGAGGAGGAGAAGCUGCUUAGUCGGACGAUGAUGAAAUACUGGGCUAACUUUGCUCGAACUGGGAAUCCCAACUGGGAAGAUUUGCCUCUCUGGCCUCCCUACAAUGAAACCGAAGAAUACUUACAGCUGAGUUUGAAUAUAAGGGUUGGAGAGAAACUAAGAGAGUCCCAGCUAGAAUUUUGGUCAAAUACCCUGCCCAUGUUAAUGUCUACUUCUGGAACCCACUACACUUAA